AUGUCCCGCGCGACAGGCAGGCAUACCCGCCCCAAGAAACUCAACGCGAAACAAAAUGUCCAGAUUUUUCGUGAGGAUCAAGUCGAUUCCCUUGUCGACUAUGAUACCCAACGUGCUUCAAUAGAAACCGGUGUCGAGAAGGCCGAAGAAUCGGAAUACCAUCUUCAACAGGCCAUCAAAGCUUCCGAAGCAGCAAAAGCAGACGCCAAAAUCAAAGAUGCUUAUAUCCCCACUCCACCUACCAUUACCAGUGAUGUCAAAUAUGACCUUCUCUAUCCCAAGGGUUUUCAACAACCCGCCACAUAUAUCCGCUCCUCGGCCACGGUGGAAGAUUGUGCGGGAGUGGCAUAUUGCAUGGAUGAGGAGGAUGAGGCCGCCUUGAACGAGCUCAAUGCCAAGUUACCUACCGGUCAGGAUCGCUGCACCGAAGACCAAUUCGAAGAGGUCAUGAAUUUUUUCGAAGAGGCUGCCCAGACAAAACAACCUUUUGCUGCUGUCGAUAGUCCUCCUGUCUUACCUUUAGAAGAGCUGCAAGAGCAGUUCGAUGACACCAUUCCCGCCUUUGUUCGCACGUUUUCCAAAUAUGUAUACGAACAUUGGAGGAACCGCCGGGAUGCCACCGGUAAUCGUGGACUGGCUCCUCGGCUGAAAUUCGAAACCGGUCAAGAGACCGAUGAUUCAGAUCCUUAUGUCUGCUUCAGAAGACGAGAAUUGCGACAGAUUCGAAAGACCAGGAAUCGUGAUGCUCAGAGUGCUGAGAAGCUGCGGAAACUCCGUCUGGAGUUGGAGACGGCUCGAAGCAUACUGCUUAUGGUUAAGAGAAGAGAAAUGCUCCGUAAAGAAACCCUCGAAAUUGACCGCUCAGUGUUUGAGCAGCGACUGGUGUUCAGAGACACCAAGAGAAAAUUGGGUCUGAAAGGGGAUGAUGACCUUCUGAUCAAUCAAAAGAAGCAGAAGCUCCCCCCUGGCAUGACUCCCAACCAAGCCGCCCUCGCCCAACAACUCAGAAUGCCCAUGGCUCCCGGUCCUGGUUCGGAACUGCGCACUCUAGAAGAUGUUGUCGCUGCUAGGGAACGGGAAAUGACCAAGGAAAUCCAAACCAACAUCGAGAAACACAUCAGGUGGAAUGAGGGAUUUGUCGACAAGACCAUGGCACCACUUACCCCUGAACUUGAACACGACUAUCCUUUGCUAGAUGGUCACUUCCGAGAGGCCAUGGCUGCCACCGAAUAUCUCCCCACUCCCCCAGCCAGUAUCUCGGAUGAAGAAUCGCACAACCCGCCCGACGGAACCGAUGUCGUGAUGAAGGAUGUUUCUCGGCCUUCCACACCUUUCCGAUAUGCCAGUCCAGCUGAUGAAGAUUCGGUUGGUCACAUGCCAUCUUUUCGGCGCAGAAUAGGUCGAGGUGGACGUAUCAUGAUCGAUCGAAGACUUCCUCGUACCAAGCGCGAUUUCUCAGAAGAUGAUAGAUUCAAAUUUGAUUCAGACGAUGAUGAAUCUUCGGACCCUGGUCUGAUAGACGAUGACUUUGCUCGCAUGGCACAGCGAGCGUAUCUUCUCGGCAAUAGCCGACCAACCGAUCCCCAGGCAGUAUCGGCCCGACGAGCACAACUCGAAUCUGGCGGUCCUAGUCAAUCUCCAGCAGGGUCACAUACACAGUCGGUACCUGCACCUUCUUGA